GUGGAGCAAGUGCAGACGGGAGGGAGAGGCCGAGGAUCAGCAGUUGACGUCGAGCGGGAGCGAUGGAGGCUGUCGGUUUGGAUUUGAGCGUUCCUGAAAUAUUAUUCACAAGUCAGUUGCAAGCCACAGUGCCAACUUGUGAUGGUAUUGUCUUAGUUACCAAUAGCAUCAACAAGCUUUCUGGAGAUCUAGAACAAUUGAAAGUUCCACUCAACCACUACAAAUCUAUUGAUGCUUCAGUCGAGCAAGAAGUGGUAUUGGUCCAUGCUCCGGAUUUUCCAGGGGCAAGAGUGAUCUUUUCACCAACAGGGCCCCUCAACCGGGAUUAUGAUGAUGUUCGGAGAUUCAGUGAUGCGGCUGUCGUCGGUAUCAAGCGUGCUUUGAAAUCUGGCAUGGUGAAGCCCCUCCUUGUUUGUCCCCCUGAAGAGCUUUUCAAAGAAGCUCCAUUAGUGACUCUGCUUGGAGCUCUGCAUGCCUUGUAUGUGCCAUUGGAGGUUCGUGAGACGUGCCCAGCAAAGGCAGCUAAAGUAGAUUAUCUGGGAGUAUGGGCCUCAAGUCAGGAUGAAGGGAAGAAGCUUGUACUACUGGCAUCAGCAUUGGAGAGCGGCAGAACUGUAUGCAGGGAUAUUGGUGGAUCUGACCCAGAGAGAAUGGCUGCUCCAAAAGUAGCUAACUACGUUCAGAGUCUUUUUAGUAAUUCUGUUGUGUCUGUUUUGGUGACGAGUGAUUCUGCGAUUCUGAAGGAGCAGUACCCAUGCUUGGCAGCAGUCAACCGCUGUGCCAAAGAUGUGGAGCGGCAUCAAGCGCGGGUUAUUGAAUUGCAUUACAGAGGAGAGGGUGCCAUUGACAAAACACUCAUGCUUGUUGGCAAGGGAGUAACUUACGAUACGGGUGGUGCAGACAUAAAAGCUGGAGGUGUAAUGGCAGGAAUGCACAGGGACAAAUGUGGAGCUGCAGCGGUCGCAGGCUUGUUCCAGGUGUUAUCCAUUCUGAAACCAAAAGGAAUCCAAGUAGUGGGAGCAAUGGCAAUGGUUAGGAACAGUGUUGGUUCAGAUUGUUACGUUGCAGAUGAGCUUAUCAUGUCCCGUGCCAAGAGAAGAAUUCGGGUGGGAAAUACAGAUGCAGAAGGGCGGAUGGCGAUGGUGGAUCUGCUGUGCAAAAUGAAAGAAAUGGCUCUUAAAGAUUAUGAUUCCGACCACUUUGAACUGUUCACUAUUGCUACAUUGACUGGCCAUGCUGUUCGAGCUGUUGGUUGCAACUACUCGAUCAUAAUGGAUAAUGGUCCUGCCCAACAGGUGAAGAUUGCUCAACAGUUUCAAUCAGCUGGUGACGAAGUGGCUGAUCCUUUUGAAAUCUCCACCAUUCGACGUGAAGAUUACGAUUUUCACAAGGGAAAGUCUGAGUAUGAAGAGAUUCUGCAGUGCAACAACCAGCCAUCCAGUGCCACACCCCGUGGACAUCAGUCACCUGCAGCUUUCCUCAUCAUGGCUUCUGGCCUAGAUAAGCAUGGAAUGGAUUCUGAGAAACCCUUGCGCUAUUCUCACAUUGAUAUAGCCGGAUCUUCUGGCCCAUUUCCUGGAAUACCCUCUGGGUCACCAGUGGUUGCCCUCGCCGCAAAAUAUGUGCUAAACCGUAUUUGAAUAUCUGAUGGACAGCAGAAAGGCCCAUGGAGAUCAGAAAUCUUCUGUUAUCAAGGAGACCAUGCAGUGUCAUAGGAUAUCCAAUAGUGGGCUACAUAGCUUCACCUGAAUUGUGAACUAAAUAUGAAUUUUUGGUAUAGAUCAGUCAGUGCAGCUGUCCUAGAACUGAAUGCAGAAACAUUAACCAGUACUCCAAACUUUCUCAGGUAGGCAAAUGAAGAAGUUAUGGUCUUUCAGUACAAAAUUCUUGAGUUCUUUUUGUUUGAUUUGUGCAAUCCAAAGCUAAACUGCCAAAACCCGAAAUUUCAAGUUGAGCUCGGGUGGAAAAAAUUACUUUGGGUCACACUAUCAGGAGAAGGAAAUGAGAGUUUGCAACAGAAAUAAACAGGAAAUGUAAUGUUCAGAAGUAAAUAAAGAUUGAGAUGCCCUUG